GAUCAAACCGCGCGGCUGCUGAUCGCGGGGAUUGAUAUUGAAGCAUAUGGCUGAAAACGCCAGUGACCCUCCCCAGGGCGGCUGCUCAGAAGAAAAAUCCGAAACAAAUGAGCUGCACAAGCAGAACUUUCAGUGGGUGCCCAGCUCGGGUCACCGUAAUGUAGCAGCAGUCCGUCCCUUGCCGAGGAAUGGAAGUGGGUCACACGGUGCUCCUUCUUCACCAGCCGACCGAACCAUCCACCUCGCCCGCUCAACUCCCCAUACAGCGGCCGUUUCACCACCGCAGCUCGGGUGGAGGCACCUGGACAGAUCGAGCUUGACUCGGCUACAGCCCUUCUCCUUUGAUCAACGUGACACCAGGCAAAGAGUUGCCCGAGAAAAAAGGCUGGAGGAGCUGAGGCACAUGGAGGAAAGUCAGCGGGCUUUGGCUACAAGGUUCAGAGCAAACCCAGUAAGGAGCUACAAACCACUGGUGCUGAGGCAGAGCACACGACCACUCACCGUCCCCCGAGCUCCUUUCUCCCGUCAAGAUGUAUGAAUGUGUGAAUUUUUUUUGUUAAUGUGCUGUAAUUAUUUGUAAAUUUGAUCAUUUUUUUUAGAUAUUUUGUAUAAUAAAACUACAAGAGAAGGCUUAGUUCAAA